UUCACUCUUGGAUCAAUCGCUCAGUCAUGGCGACCGGGAAGGCGGCGAGUUCCAGCGCUUAACUCGGGAUAACAAGCAAUAUACCAAUAAACCGCGAUUUCGGCGCGUGCACAGCAGCGUAUCUUUACGGAAUACGAUUUAAAAAACAUUUACGGACACAUCCACGUGGAAUACUCAUUCGGGUUAAAAGGUGGGUUUGUGUCAGUAUGGUGGAGCCAGAGGAGCGGCCCUCGGUGGCAGGCCAGAGGCUCGGGGCUCCUGAGAGCAUAGGCAUCAGCACGCUUGAGCCCGGCAGGCAGCCCCCCACCAUGCCUCCCGGCAGACAAAUCUCCAUCCGUGUUCAAAUGCUCGAUGACACUCAAGAAGUCUUUGAAGUCUCGCAACGUGCUCCUGGUAAGGCUCUGUUUGACCUUGUGUGCUCUCACCUGAAUCUCAUCGAAGGCGAUUACUUUGGCUUAGAGUUCCAAGACAACCGCAAAAUGACUGUCUGGUUGGAUCUGCUGAAGCCAAUUCUAAAGCAAAUCAGACGGCCCAAGAAUACAAUCCUACGAUUUGUGGUGAAGUUUUUCCCUCCUGAUCACACUCAGCUUUUGGAGGAGCUGACUAGGUACCUGUUUGCCCUGCAGAUAAAACAUGACCUGGCAAGUGGACGCUUGACCUGCAAUGACAGCAGCGCCGCCCUGCUGGUGUCUCAUAUAGUGCAGUCUGAGAUUGGAGAUUUUGAUGAGGUGCAAUGUAAACAACAUCUACUCAACAACAAAUACAUUCCUGAUCAGGACACGCUGAUGGACAAGAUAAUGGAAUAUCAUCGCAAACACGGGGGUCAAACACCUGCUGAAUCAGACUACCAGCUCUUGGAGAUUGCCCGAAAACUGGAGAUGUAUGGAGUGCGUCUUCACCCUGCUAAAGACCGAGAAGGAACUAAACUCAGCCUCGCUGUGGCUCACUCUGGUGUGCUGGUCUUUCAGGGACACACCAAAAUAAAUGCUUUUAACUGGUCUAAAGUUCGCAAGCUGAGUUUCAAGAGGAAACGCUUUCUCAUAAAACUACGUCCUGACUUAAACCAGAGUAACUGUCAGGACACUCUUGAGUUCAUGAUGGGCAGCAGGGACUGCUGUAAGGUCUUCUGGAAGAUCUGUGUGGAGUAUCACGCCUUUUUCCGCCUCUUUGAGGAACCCAAACCUAAACCCAAACCGGUGCUCUUCACUAGGGGUUCCUCCUUCAGAUUCAGUGGCCGCACACAAAGGCAGGUCAUUGAUUAUGUAAAGGACUCUGAAUUCAAAAAGGUUCCAUUUGAAAGAAAACACAGUAAAAUCCAAUCCAACAGUGGUCUUUCUCCAUUGCCACCCAAGUAUUGUUCUGAGGGUCAGGGAGAGAGGAAUACCAGUGCUUCAGGACAUGUAGCGGACUCACCUCUUGGGCGCACCCAAGUGACUGUUGAAAACUUGGCUCUCCAGGAUUACACUGGGGACCUAACCUUACAGACCAAUGGAUGCCGAAACGGGACCCCUGAUGAGGCUGAUACUCGAGCAAAGCCAUCGCCAUCUAAACAGCAAGCCGAGCAUCUGAGCACAGGUCCCGUUACCAGCAGCCCUCAACACACUGAGUCUCCGUCUGUAGCCAGGGUGAUGGUAAAUGGGCAGCAACAGACUCUCAGCCUUGGCCAAAGUCCAGAUGGACGACAACCGUCUCCACUCACCAGCCCUUUACUGACAGACGCCGGCUUUGUCCGCACAGACGACGAGGACGAGGUUCGGAGGAAGCGGUUCCCGACUGACAAAGCUUACUUCAUCGCCAAAGAACUCCUGACCACAGAGAGGACUCAUCUGAAAGAUCUGGAGGUCAUCACUGUGUGCUUUCAGAAGACUGUUGGGAAAGAUGAAGCCAUGCCAGAUUCAUUGAGCAGUCUCAUAUUUGCCAAUUUUGAACCUGUGUACAAAUUCCAUGAGAGUUUCCUGAAGGAUGUGGAGCAGCGACUGGCUCAAUGGGAAGGCAGAUCAAACGCUCACAUCAAAGGAGACUAUCAGCGUGUUGGAGACGUCAUGCUGAAGAACAUUCAGGGUUUGAAGUUGCUGACAACACAUCUUCGGAAACAUUCAGAGGCGUUGCUGGAGCUCGAGAAAACGUGUCGCUCUUCCAGGAAGCUUGAAGGACUUUGUCGAGACUUUGAGCUGCAGAAGGUCUGUUAUCUGCCGCUCAACAUCUUCUUCCUGCGGCCACUGCAUCGGCUCCUGCACUACAAACAGAUCCUGGAGCGACUGUGCAAACAUUACCCACCGACACACGAUGACUUCAGAGACUCACGAGCUGCGCUCGCUGAUAUUUCUGAGAUGGUAGUGCAGCUCCAAGGCACCCUCAUUAAGAUGGAGAACUUCCAGAAACUUCUUGAACUUAAGAAGGAUCUCGUUGGCUUUGACAAUCUUGCUGCUCCUGGACGGGAGUUUAUCAGGCUCGGGUGUCUCAGUAAACUCUCUGGAAAAGGUCUACAGCAGAGAAUGUUCUUUCUGUUCAAUGACGUGUUGAUGUACACGAGUCGAGGAAUGACGCCAUCCAAUCAGUUCAAAGUGCACGGCCAACUUUCUCUCUAUGGAAUGACGAUUCAUGAGAGUGAAGAUGAGUGGGGCGUCCCUCAUUCAUUCACUCUGUUUGGACAGCGACAGUCUGUCGUCGUGGCCGCCAGUUCAGCGUCUGAGAUGGAGAAGUGGGUGGAGGACAUCAAGAUGGCCAUUGAACUGGCAGACAAAUGCAACGAUCCCUCAUCUGAACUCCUGUCCAGUAGUUUCACUAACAGCAAAUGCCCUGAUGAAUCUAGUGCCGACCAGGAAUCAGAAGAUGACUUGAGCGCCUCACGGACCUCGCUCGAGCGGCAGGCACCUCACCGUGGUAAUACCACGGUUCACGUGUGCUGGCAUCGCAACACCAGCGUAUCCAUGGUGGAUUUUAGCGUAGCUUUAGAGAAUCAGUUGUCUGGCAAUCUGCUGAGAAAGUUCAAAAACAGCAAUGGUUGGCAGAAGUUGUGGGUCGUCUUCACCAAUUUCAGUUUGUUCUUCUACAAAACACACCAGGACGAAUAUCCUCUUGCCAGCCUUCCGUUGUUGGGCUACUCCAUCACAAUUCCCUCAGAGUCGGAGGACAUCCAUAAAGACUAUGUCUUUAAGCUCCAUUUCAAAUCCCACGUCUACUAUUUCAGAUCUGAGAGCGAGUACACGUUUGAGAGGUGGAUGGAGGUGAUUCGCAGUGCGACCUGCUCUUCCAGUCAUAUCCGCUCUUUGAACCGAAAAGACGUCUACUGACCAAAGAGAGGCUCUUCUACAACCUGUCUUUAGAAACACACUGCCCCAAACAACCUUGUACUGGGCAUUAACAUCAGGUUCUCAAUCAGGUUCUAAGAAGUGUCUGGUUGCAACGUGUUUUGAGUAGGAAAUGUCUUGUGUGCUAUAUCGUAUCAUAUAACUUUAUCGAAAUAAGCAAGUCAGAAGACUUUGAAUGGGUUCGGAUGUAAAGUGUUGUAAUUAGAUGACAAUAUCAUGGUCAGUGUCGAUACCAAAAUCCAGAAUUUACAAACUUCAACAGAGGUGUUAUCGUAAAAGUGUCACAAGAUGGACGCAUAAGCAUUUAUCACUAAUCAGGUGAAAGUGGAACAUUUCCAGUUUUUUCACAAUUGUUUAAAAUGUAUAGAAGACAUGAUAUUUUAGCUUCUACGCAAUGGGUGUCGGUCAUAAAACAUGAGUAGAACGAAAUUCUGUGUAAAUCGUUCGUUAUACCAUUCUUAUGUAAAAUUUUGCGAUUUUCAAAAGGAUGGCUUUACGAAUGCUUUUAUUAAAUUGAUUGCGACAAUUUAUGUAAAAAUAGUUUUACGAAUGGCAUUAGUGAAUUGAAAGUGACAAUUUAUGCACGAAUGGUUUUAUUGAAUUGUGUGCAAUAAUUUACAUAAUUGUUUUAUGAACCGUUUUAUUGAAUUCAAAGUGACAAUUUUGGGUGUUACGAAUGAGUUUUAUUGAAUGUGGCAUUUUACGUAAAAAUCAUUUUACAAUUUACACACACAAAUUUGUUCUGCUCAUUUCAUGAACGAGGACAUUUGCUUGUAAAAACUGGAUGUAAAAAAAUUAAGACUGUCUGUCAGUUUUUAUUGUUGACUCCAGAUUUAUUGUUAAUAAGGGUUGAAAUAUCUCACGCGAAUACUGUCAAGAACAUCUUCAGGUCAUAUUUCACACUGAAAUAAAAGGAAAAAAAAAUAUAUUGCAUCAUUUUAAUUUUAGGACCAUUACGAUUUUUUUGUAUUAUGAAAAUAAUGGCAAUUUUCCCCCAAUAGAGCACCGUCUAUGCACAUGCUGGAUUUGUAAAGUUUCAGUAGAAACCAUCUCUGCUGGCUUGAGACUUUGAAAGAGGCUGGCUUCUUGACAUGUGUCUGAAUCUCUUUCUUUGGUAGAACGUCAUUUUUAUAAACUUUUUGAUACUAACUGUGAACCACUCCACAUUACUUUUGUAUGUUGUUGUUGUAACUUCACUCUUUUUCUGAAGGAUGCUGGCUGCCUUUUGUCUAACUGCUUAAGUGCCAAACCGUUUCAUAUUUUCAUUUUUCUCUUGAAUCUUCUUUUUAUAUCAUUUAUGUUGUUGAUGCUUUGAGUAUUUGAAUUAUUUCUUUCGUAAUGCAUAUAAAAAAAUAUGGAUAUGUUGGCAGAAAUGUAUGUUUGAUGGUGAGUGAAUAUGUUCAGAUUAAACAAAUCCAAAUAUA